CAGAUAGGAGUGAAACCGAAGCAACUCCUAUCCGGAGACAGAUCGAAGUUAGUUAGUUUUCGCGUCCUGAAAGCACCUGGCUGCCACGCAGGUUGAGAUGGAGAGCCAGACUUCACCAUGCUCACUGGACAACGACCCAGUCAAUGCCAGUCCCAGCGAGGGGGAAGGAGAGAUUCGAAGGGAAGCAGAGUUCGACCAACCUUGUCCUUCUUCUGGCUCCGAAAUAAUACCCGAGGAAACGACCGUUCCCGGGUCGAGUUUCAAUGCGGAUGAUUUCCUCACGCGCCUAAUCCGAACCAGCACCAACGCAGACGAGUCGGAGAGAUCAUCAAGUAGUGGCGACAUCGUGGAUGAUCGUUUUGCAAUCGCUAGUGAGGGUAGAACCACCGCGGAUCUCGCGAUUCAGUGGCGGUUGCUGCAGCAAGUCUGUGCCGAGCUGAAAACUUCAGGCAGGCAUGUGGAGGACAUAGAAGCCUUGGCAAGACGGCUGAAGGAACGAGACGACAUCGAUCAGGAUGGUCGAAUGGCGGCUAUUAUCUCCGCAGAGCUGGCUCUGGACCGGAGCGACAUAGAAGCCGUGGUCAACAUCUGUGAGAAACUGGAAGCAGCCACUCUUCAAGACGAGGAGGGCUUCAAUAAGAUGCUGAACGAUCGACUUUGCUGUUUGUGGGAAGCUGCCCACUACCAAGCGGAAAGGGAGCGUCUUGGAAGACCGCUGUCGGCUCUAGCUCGCUUCAGGAGCCGCAAACGAUAUCCAGUUCCAGCUACUAUUUCCCCAGAGAAACGUUCCCUGGCCAAGACAUUGCCCCCGACAGCAACGAUAUUCCUAAAAGAUUGGUACAGGAAAAAUCGCACUGCCAAUAUAUACCCGACCCUCAUCCAGAAGAAGUACCUUGCUAAGAAAACUGGACUGACUUUGAAUCAGGUGAAGACGUGGCUUGCCAAUGCUCGUCGAAGAUCAGCUCCGGCCAAUAAGCUGGCCGUGAACGAACCUCACGUUAGCACUAUCUCUCCACACUCGUUUAGAUAUUCGCCUACACUGCUAUCUGGUGUGUAUCAGCCUAUCAGCAGUACGCGCCUGGAGACCCGCCCGCAACCCGUUCAAGUACAGAGUGGGCAGCCAACGGUGCUGUUCCAUCCACAACCGAAUCCUAACCUUACGCUGACCACUCCUGCGGUAUUUUACCCAGCCACCAAGAGAUCAUGGCCAGUGGUGACUCAGUCAUCGCUCGGGACUGACCAGCCGCAUCCCAUCCACACUGGUAGCGGUAGCAGUGUCACAGAUUAUGGUAUGAGAGCGCGGCGCUCACCGAUUGUAUUCAGACCUGCAGAGACUGAAGAGUACCGCCCGCCACUCUACACUGCUGAGCCAAAUCUGUUCAUGCGCUGUGAGAAGCCGGCCAGUGAGUUUGCACUGCCUCCACCGCCGCUGCCGCCAUCAGUCCAUCCCGCCGCCGCCCAGAGUUCAGUUUCAGUGCAGGAUGACACCGCUGUGGGUGUGCGUGCUCCAAGUCGGCCCAUUUCAGCUUCUAAUCCAGGAGCAGUCUUGUACCAGUACAUGCAUAGCCAGCAGCUGCAGCAGCAUCAAUAUCACCUGGGCUGCUCCAGCACAGUGACGCCUACCGUCCCAACCACCCACUUGCCCGCAGCAAUGGAGCCAACACCGGCACUGGAUUACAACACACAGCCGCAACAUUGCUUGGCCAUGUCCUUCCGUGUCAUGCCGCCAGCUGAGGAGAAGGAGUAUUGUCCAGAGCCGUAUCCCAUCGUCACCGCUUCGUCGCUGUAUGUGCCUGACCCCUACAGCCCAACAGUGGGACCAGCAACACCCGCACCAGCGCUAACAACACCACGAACACCAGUCCUCUCUCAUGAAGUCUCUGCUGUCACAAACACAGUCAACAGCCCAAGCUCGAUGAAUGCGUCAUCAUUCAACUCACCCUCAAGUAUUCACUCAGCACGGUUGCCAAUGAGACCGCUAGUGAGUGACCGGCAGGACCUGUAUGAGGGUAGUAGCCCCUAUCCGAUUACUAUGCAGGCUGAAUCUCCGAACCCUGGGUGCUCUCCCUGCAAAGAUUGUGUGACUGGACGGCAGCCGGGUAGUGCAGCCUGUCGCCGGCUUUUCGUGACCGAGCAGAACAGAUCAAGGCAAGGGAUAUCUCCUGCUGAUUGCCCAGGUGAUUGCCCAGGCAAUUGGCUACAGGGAAACUUCCUGCCAAGUAGCUCAGCUUAGACGAUACUUAGAAAAGAGAGAACACAUGGCUGGUGGCUGGAGCAAGCAACUUCAGGGAACUAACAAAUUCUGGCUGCGUAUCAAGUGAGCCCGCCUGUUUUGUGUGUCUGUUGACAGUGUGUGUUUCCUCUAGCAGUUCGACUGCUUCGUCAUGGAACGGCGCACAGAACUGCAGUCACUGAGUGCCAAAUUCAUUAUGAAUACCUUCAUUAUACCAGAGGGAGAUGCACAAAUGCCUGUGCAGUCUCUCCACAAUGCUUUCUGCUGCUAUUCCAUCUGUCCACUGCCACUGAUCACCCGCUGGGUAUCUGUGUGUGUGUGUGUGUGUGUGUAUGUGUGUAUGUGUGUGUGUGUAUGUGUGUGUGUGUGUGUAUGUUUGUGUGUGUGUGUGUGUGUGUGUGUGCGCGUGUGUGUGCUGUGCUGUUUGUUAUUGCUGUGUUCCAAGUUCUGAUUGUUCUCUUGGCUUGGGUUGACUGUGGGCUCUGUGUAACGCUUCCAUUUAUCUCCGCAAGCGUUUCUCGUGUGUGUGCGCUGUAAAAUUUGUGUGAAUUGUGCUUAGCAUAGAUUGUGCUUAUCCAAGUUUCAGGAACGAACAUAAUGGUGUAUUGCUCCUCA